GAAAGAAAGCUUUGGACGGAUUUUCUUUGCUUCGGUAUUCGGAUUUUCUUGGCAACCAAACAGAUAGAUGGUGUAAGUAAAAAAAGCAAAAGCCUAUCGAUUACUAAAACCCUAAGAAAACCUGCUUGCCUUGUCCUCUCUUUCUCCCUCCAGAAGAAGCCGAGAUCCCCCCUCCCCUCGUUUUCUCGGCCACCAAACACUAGCAUUCAUGGCUGCGAUUCGUCUCACAACCCCGGCCGACUUUAUCUGCUCUUCCUCCUCCUCUUCGUCUUCGAUUCUCGCCGGGUUUACCCGGAACACGCUCUCUCCGCUUCUUCCAAGGCCCGGCUUCUCUCCCGGAGGUCGGCGGAGGAGCGCCUCCAAGCAUGAACGCUCCGGUCUCUGCUGUACCUGUGGUUCGUUUAGCCCGAUGGAGUCGGCCAAGAUUAAGGUCGUCGGCGUCGGUGGCGGUGGCAACAAUGCCGUUAACCGCAUGAUUGGCAGUGGUUUGCAGGGGGUUGAUUUCUAUGCCAUAAACACUGAUGCUCAAGCACUGCAGCACUCUUCUGCUGAGAACCCCCUUCAAAUUGGAGAGCUUUUGACUCGUGGGCUUGGUACAGGUGGAAAUCCUCUUUUGGGGGAACAAGCUGCAGAAGAAUCAAAGGAGGCCAUUGCAGGUGCCCUUAAAGGUUCAGAUCUCGUGUUUAUAACAGCAGGUAUGGGUGGGGGUACAGGGUCUGGUGCUGCUCCAGUUGUGGCCCAGAUUUCAAAAGAAGCGGGUUACUUGACAGUUGGUGUGGUUACCUACCCAUUCAGUUUUGAAGGUCGAAAAAGAUCCCUGCAGGCAUUGGAGGCCAUUGAGAAGUUGCAGAAAAAUGUUGAUACUCUUAUUGUGAUUCCCAAUGACCGUUUGUUGGACAUUGCUGAUGAGCAAACUGCCCUUCAGGAUGCCUUCCUUCUUGCUGAUGAUGUUCUUCGCCAAGGGGUGCAAGGAAUUUCUGACAUAAUUACAAUACCUGGACUGGUGAAUGUAGAUUUUGCAGACGUAAAGGCAGUCAUGAAGGAUUCUGGAACUGCAAUGCUUGGAGUAGGUGUUUCCUCCAGCAAGAACCGUGCUGAAGAAGCAGCUGAACAAGCAACUCUGGCUCCUCUGAUUGGAUCAUCGAUCCAAUCUGCUACCGGAGUUGUGUAUAAUAUCACCGGUGGAAGAGACAUAACUCUGCAAGAAGUGAAUAGGGUGUCUCAGGUGGUAACAAGCUUAGCAGAUCCUUCAGCAAACAUCAUAUUUGGGGCUGUUGUGGAUGAGCGUUACAAUGGGGAGAUCCAUGUGACAAUCGUUGCAACUGGUUUCACGCAGUCAUUUCAGAAAACGAUUCUGACAGAUUCGAGGGGAGCAAGGGUGGCGGAGAAAGGGACAAGAAGCCCAGACGGUCAGAAAUCGCCUGCCACUGUCAUGUCGUCACCGUCGUCAUCCACAGUUCCAUCUCGACCUGCAGCCACAAGGAAGUUCCUAUUCUAACCAUUUGUUUUCCAGUUUGUGGGAUUGCAAUUCUAGCUUUAGGCUGUGUAACGAUCUUGAUUCCUCUUUCCUCUAUCUUUGUAUCAGAAUAUGCCAUUUUUGUUUUUGCCCGCAUAGAGAAUUAACUUCCCCAGUUCCCAUUUUUUA